AGAUUUUUACUGUGAGCACCCAAUUGUUUGCCGUCCGAAGAUUGCAGGAUGACAUCGACGGUGAGCGAACAGUUUUCGGAAGCUGAUUGACGCUCCACAGUUUGGUGGCAUAUUGAUAGGAGAAAGAUCACGAUUGUCCAAAAAAUUCUGAAUCGUGGAGGGGAUGAACGAGGUUGCAAGACAACAUGUUGUCCUACUUAAAUACUUAGAAUAUUUAAUCUUCGGCCUGAAGAAGAUUGUGCGCUUUACACCAUGCCUUGACGCUUGUUUGCGAUGAUGUCAUACAUUUUUGUCCACUUGCCUUCUGAUUUGUUCAGUCAGAGAUCAAGACCAUAACGCGAUCUCGAAACAUGGGCAUAGCAGAAUCUAUCUCCGCAGUCGGUAUUGCUGGCACAGUCACCGGACUUUCAUAUACCCAAGCUACAGCGCAGCAGAAAGAAGAGGAAGAAGAAGCAAAGCGUGCAGCUGAUGAAGCUGCGCAGGAGACUGCGUUCCCUACAAGGAAUAACAAUCGCAAUAAACAACGAGCAGGUGCAGAUGAGAAUGGUCCUUCACGAGGUGCCUUUCCGGUUUCUGGGACACUUGGGGGUGGCGGAAAUGGAAGAGGUCCUGGUCCCGGCAGGCAGAAAGGUGGUGGAACCACUGCUGAUACAGGAGGGAGACAAGAUGGUGGAAAUAGGAACACAACUGGUCGAAAGGAUGGCCGAAGCGGAACUGGGAAGCAACGAGAACCAACAGAACAAUCCAAUCGUCCUAACAGCGCUUCGCAAAAGAAGAAGAAAAAGAAUGACAAUCGACGUAACCAACUUCCAUCAGCAGCUGAGGACAAUGUCCCUUCAUCGGAUGCGCAGAAUCUUCCUACCACUGUCACACAAAGUACGACCCCAGUAAAAUGUCAGCGACGAGGUGGUAAGAAGCAGAACGCUUCUUCCGUGCCUUGUCAAACUGCCGAUGAAACUGAAAAACCGGCUAUCGAUUAUGGUGCUGUCGCUACUGUGCAGGAGGAGCCUGCACCUGCUACUGCAGUGGACAACAAAUCUAUCGCCAGAACUAAUCGUAGAAAAAAUGGAAAAUCCAGAUCAAACACUCGUGUUCCGCAAUCUUCUACAACGAGUCCUUCAUUAGCAACGAACACAACCUCUCCCUCCGCUCUUUCUCCUCCUCCUGCACAGAAUACAAGCUCAUUACACCCACAUCCUUUAUCGAACCCACAGGUUCCCCAGAAUGAAUCUCGUGCUCGAAGUAGAAAACCAAGAGGGCAUCCUCAUACUAAAGCCGACACUGUGGCACCUUCGCAGCUGCAAUCUCCGUCUUCCCAGAUCGUCCAAAAUCCUUCCGAGACUCAGGUUUAUCCAGCUACUACGACUCCUUCCGCAUCGCCAAAGCUACCUCAGGCCAGGCGGGGCAAAGGCAAGGGGAGUCGACGCGCCAAUGUUGAACGCUCGAAACCGCUCGUGUCGUCUUCGCAGUUAAAUCAUCCUACGACGGAAGAUGGGUAAUCACUAGCACCGGUGAUUCACAAGCCACUCAAAUUGCCUCUUGUGGGAGUGCAUGAGCAGUGACAGUGAUAAUGCAAUGAUUCAAAGACUCCAUGUGUGUAUAAUUCACCGCCUAUCUUGGCCUAGGACCUCGUUGGCUUGUAAAUACAUGGCUGAAGGCGCGAGGGCGAGCCGACCGUAGCUUUGAUGAACGUUUAUACGCCCCUCAAAUCUUUGUAGCUAGGGUCGUGCAAUUUCGGGGAACUAGGUGCUU